AUGAUGUGUGAGCACCUCACCUUUAGAGACAAGUGGGUGUUCUUUUCAACCGAGAAGAAGAAUGUGUUUCUCAUGGUUGGUGAAAACAAGAAAGACAAGAAUGGGAAACGCCUGAAGGUCAAAGGGGGAAGGAUGGAAUAUCCUGCCAUUCAGGCUGCCAACUUGCAUCCGACUUUUGACCAUAUUGAGCUGGCGUUCGAAGGAACGCAGAGAUCUGUUGUGGUCUCAAGGGGACGGAUCACUGGGAGCAAUAAGAUCACUUCUGCUAUAGUGAAGGAGUACCUCCAAACAAGACGUCUUGAAGACCUUGUGAAGGCCAUAAAUCGCUUCAUUGGCGUUGUCGGUACAGAGCAGCGGGUGGCUUUCAUCAACAAGGAACAUUACAAACGUCAUGCCUGCGGUACCACUGCAGCCUCUCAGCAUUCAGGAGAAUGUUCACAAGAUUCCCCCUUCACCUUAACGAUCUCCCCUCCAUCACCUCUGGAAGUCACAUCCAUUGUUGCGGCGACCUCAGAGUCGAGCGUGAGAUACAAUAGCUUGAAAAGAACCGAAACAGAAGGGAAUAAUUCCCAACCUGGAAGGAAGAGGAAGACAUCUCUCAGUUCUUGGAACCGAACGAGUCUCGAAGCAUGUUAUCGUGGAAAUCACGAGAUACCUAUGGCUCUUCUUGAAAGGAGUCAUUCAGCUGCAAGAACGUUCUCGACGGAGAGUAAGAAUUUGCUGAAAGAGAAACUCAUCGCAGAAGGCGAAGACAGGGGAAGCCAGCUACCCAUCGUCGUGGCUUCAAGCCCCAAUGCGGAUAUCUUCAACGUCAGCUAUAUCCACGCAUACAAGUAUGAGGUCAUAGCUGGCCAGCACAUUGUCCAGGCACGGAAGGAGAUCCGCCAGGAGAAGGGAAAGGGCAAAGACACCUGCACCUGUGCCAUCUACUGGGGUCUGACAGAGACAGGAAAGAGAACGUUGGCACUUCAGAAUGCCAAGCUCCAAGGAGUCCCCUAUGAUGCCCUUGACGUCUUGGAGAAAUAUGAAGAGCUUCGAGAGAACAUGGAGAAUGAAACAGAGAUCCAGGCAGCUUAUGGCGACAUCCUGAAAGAUAAAAAGAAGCAUCAGGUCCUGAAGAAUAUUUUCCAUAUGGGAUCGGAGGCAGUGAAAGAAUUUCUGACUAUUGCAAGGGAGUUGGAGCGAAAGAAACCUGGCAGCGUUGACAAAAGACUGUACCAUCUGCGACAUCUCGGGAAUCCCUACAUCACCACAAAUGAUUUCAUGGAGAACCUGAGAAUCCUGAAGCAAGAGAGAGACAUAAAGAAGUUUGGGGACAAGCUAAGUGAAUUGAUUCAGAAGAAGACCCUGAUCAGAUCCUUCGCUAGGAUUGCUGGAGUGGAGGAAGAGGAAGUUUUUCAGAGGUUCUCGCAGCAAGUGACUGAUGAGUCACUCAAACCAUUCAUGAGCAUAAAGAAGAAGCACGAGACCGCAGACGAGUGGAAGAGCUACGUGGAGCUAUGCAUUUCGGGGGAAGCAAUUCAGAGGGAUGCCGGAGAUGUUGAGAAAUAUCUCCUGGGGCUCCAUGCGCAUCAAGGUCGUUGUGAAGCAGAAAAGAAUAUCCCCACCGCCUUCUGUGUUGAUGAUAUCAAACACGCUGCAGAGAUCCGGGACUCCCUCAGAAGACAGGAACUGAAAACCGAUGUCGCCAUUUUGCAUAAGACGGAAUGUGAAGGAGAACUUUUCAAGCACCAGCACACCUAUGUGGUGAUUGGAGCUAGGCACAGGAUUGCUCUUCCAACAUCUGUGCUCACGAGGAAGGAGUUUCUGGAAUCUUUUCAAAAGCCCAACUGCUGGCUCCUGUCGAACAUCCGAGACUUGAGAAAAGGAGAACUUCCUCCUCAGAUGAAGCUGGUCACCCUUGUUGAUUUGAAGUUUGAGUCCCAGGGGAGUAGCGGAGACACAGAGACAUCCAUUGAGCUUCUUCCUGGCAUUGAAUUGGAAACGCAAACUGAGUAUGGAACGGCAAUGAGCCAGAAACACUACUUCAAGGAGACUGAUGAGCUUUGA